AGGUGACAGUAAUACAUGGCUUACAUGUGUCACAUCUCACAGCACCUCUUCCAAUUGCUUAGAGAACAAUCCAUCCAUUUUUAUAAGAUAACGGGCCAUGGCCGUGCUUGGGCAUUCAUCGAUCGCACAUCAUCCUGCUUUCCCUCUCCAACGUUAAGGGAUCCCAAAAUGGCAUAUCGGGCGGAGUGCAAGUUUGCCGCCUCUGCCAUAGAUGAAGCUUCCGAGGUUACGCCUGAUGUGGAACCCAAAAUGGCUUUUCGAGCGGACGACAAGUUUGCCGCCCCUCCUGCUACAGACGAAGCUCCCCAGGACAAAGAAGACGAUGUUCUGGAUGUGACGUGCGGCGAGACCGACGGCAAAGCUGCGUCAGUACACAUCGUGCACUUGAUCAGGCCGGAGAGCGAGGAGCCUGAGGCCUUCGAUAUCCGGACGCUUGCUUCCGUCAUCGGCAGUGAGGAGGCGGCAAAGGAGGCCGUAGUCUACCACUACACUCACGCGGCCAGCGGCUUCUCGGCCAGGUUGACUCCCGAGCAAGUUGCUCAUCUCUCUGAGAAACCUGAAGUUCUGAUGGUGACGCCUGACACGGUAUGCCAACUCAUCCGCUGAGCCUGGCUGCUUGCACGCCUGAAGAUUUCGUGUUAUCCCACCAUGUUUAUGGUUCAAUCAAGGUGCUAUCUUACCAAACAUACAGCUUUGCUUGGAUCUUGUAUGUAGUUGAAUAACAAUAUGUAUUAAACAAUUGGUACGUUAUAUUAUUUGAUAUGAAUGAAGGAUAUGUUGCCAUAUUGCUAAAUGCA